AUGCCGGAGGCAGACAUGCAGGCUCCCAAGCUCUACUUUCCAAACACCAAGGACGCACACUACAAGUAUGCCAACUUUCCAAAAGUGUACUUGGAGCCACACGAGAUUCAGAGCGUGAAAGCUGCGCCCCCCCGCACCAUUCGGGUGCUGGGCUUCAAGUCCACAUCAUGUCUCAAGGAACACCAUCAGCUCCGCAGCUCAUCGUUCGUCUACCCUGGUGAGGUGGUGGGAGACAAGCAACGUGGAGAGGCUGAUGCAAAAACUACGACAGCGGGGGUGCCCGGGAGCAGCCAGGUCUUCAUCGCGCUGCACAGCGCCAUGCUGGACCAGGAUCAGGUGGCGUUUGGCGUGUUUGCGCGAAGCCACAGCGGGGGCCUGCGCCUCGUGGCACUGCUGCCGCAGGAGGCGGUGAGCGACGAGGAAGGGAGCCAGCUCGCGGCCCCGGGGUUCCAUGUCAUCUACCUGCCUUUUGCGGACGAUGUGCGGCAGCCCGAGAUGGACAGGGCCUUUACUGGAUCCCAGGUCGUGGAGCCCACGGCCGCACAGGUGGCGGCAGCGGAUGCGCUCAUCGCCCACCUCCAGCUGGGAGAGUUUUCGAGCGACAUCAUUGCUAACCCUCACCUCCAAAGGCACUACCAGGUGGCCGCCGAGGCGGGCACUCUCGGAAAGCUCCCCAUUUCCACCCUGAAGCCUUGGCUGAAGGCGAAGCACCUGCCAGUCUCCGGGAGGAAGGACGAGCUGGUGGAGAGGAUCCUGCAGCACAUGUCAUGA